AUGGACGUCGGCAGUUCGAUUGGAAGGACACCCUUGCGCAAGAAGCAGACCCAGUUACAGUGGUACUGUACAGGAGCUUGCAACCUCGCCUUUCGCUUGUACACUCACGUUAGACUUAAAAAGCGCCCCUGGCUAGAACCUCGUGAACAGUAUGGUAAGGAGCAAGACGAUGAUAACACGGCUGCGACUUGA